AUGGCAGGACAGACAUCCACUUCAGACUGCUCUCAUCUCAUUGACCACAGCCAUGUUCAGGAGUUUGAGGUGGCUCUGUGGAUCAAGAUCACUUUGGCCUUAGUCUACAUCUGCAUCUUUGUUGCGGGCAUCUUGGGCAACAGCAUCACCAUCAAGGCCACCAGGAUCCUGCAGAAGAAGGGCUACUUGCAGAAGGAGGUCACCGACCACAUGGUGAGCCUGGCCUGCUCUGACCUGCUGGUCAUCCUGCUGGGCAUGCCCGUGGAGUUCUUCAGUGCCAUCUGGAGCCCCUUUUCUACCCCCAAUGGCAACAUUGCCUGCAAGCUCUACUACUUCCUCUUUGAAGCCUGCAGUUAUGCCACUGUGCUGCACGUUGCCACCCUCAGCUUUGAGAGGUACAUCGCUAUCUGCCACCCCUUCAAGUUCAAGUCUCUCUCUGGACCCCGCACGGUGAAGCUGCUCAUCGCCUUUGUCUGGGGGACAUCUGUCUUGGUGGCUCUGCCCCUGCUCUUUGCCAUGGGCACCGAAUAUCCCCUGGAAAUCGUCGAGGGCUACCAAAGUACGACGGCCUGUGUCAGACCUACUCCCAGGCACCUCAUACCUGAGCUGAAGUACAAUAUGACCAUCUGUACCAGCCUCUCUUCCAAGUUUCCUCUCUUUCAAGCCAGCGUCUUCAGUGCCUUUGCUGUGUACAUCAUAGUGCUGGGAUCUGUCACCUUCAUGUGCCAUAGCAUGAUGAAAGCCCUGAUGAUCCACAAGGAAGGAACUGUGGCAGUGAAGGGAGGACAAAAGCACCAGAAGUAUCUAAGAAAAAGUGAGAGCUCAGAGGGCAAGAGCUCCAGGAGACAGAUCACUUUUUUCCUGGGGCUGAUCAUUGCCACUCUGGCGAUAUGCUGGAUGCCAAACCAGGUGAGAAGGAUCAUGGCAGCUGCUAAACCGAAGCAGGACUGGACUGUCCCCUACUUCAGAGCGUACAUCACCCUCCUUCCAAUAGCCGACAUCUUCUUCUACCUCAGCUCAGUGGUGAACCCCCUCCUGUACAACAUCUCCUCGCAGCAGUUCCGCAGCGUGUUCCUGCAGAUCCUGCGCUGCCGCCUGACCAUCCAACACGCCAACAGGGAGAAGUUCCUCAGAGCCAACCAGAACUCCAGAGCGCGGAGCAGCCGGUCCCUACGCCCGCUGCUCUUCAUGUCGUCGAGGCGCAAUUCUUCCACCAAGGGCAACACCAAAGUUUUCCUAAGCACCUUCCAGAAGGAGCCCACACCUGACUGCAGUCCACAGAAGCCAGGUCCUGAAUCACCAGAGCCCAGCCUGGAAGCAGUGCCCCUCGAGACUAGCUCAGAGCAUGGUCCAGACGCACAGAACGGCCUUUGUGAACAUCAAGUAUGA